AUGGCCGAUGCAAUAAAUUUCCUUUUCCCAAAGAUUCCAAAGUUAAUUUCUACAGUAAUAGACCAUUAUAAAAAUGGUCCUCCUAAACCGUCAUGGAAUUUAAAAUUCCACUUGAUUUUUGCGUUUAUUCAGUUAGCAAUUGACGAUUUGUAUCAUUCAACAAUUGAAGAUGUCCAAAGAUUUUCAAAUAAACCCGCUGCUAUUCCACCUGAUUUUGCAGUGGAUCAA